AUGGCGCCGGAGAUUCUUGUCCCUUCUCCGAUCAAGGCGGCGAAUUUCCGCUUCAUCAGCUCAUUUCUUAGUGUUUCAUCACGAACCCUGUUCGGACUGAGCUCUCUCCAUGUAAAAUCCAAAUUUUCUCUCUACAUACCUUUCUUUGUUCGCUCGCUCUGCUCCAAUGGCGCGAAUAACAGACAUCGAGCACUUGAUAUAUCUGGUUACCACGAGACCUUCGCCAAGAGGAUGGCUAUGGCGGGCGUUAGACCUCAUUAUCCAAUAGCUGUUGGAGUUUCGGGUGGUCCAGAUAGUAUGGCUCUGUGUGUGUUGGCUGCUGGCUGGAAAACGAAUGGCAGCAAUCAAACCUUAGUAGAUGGGCUUUUGGCGAUAAUAGUUGAUCAUGGACUGCGAACCGAGAGUCAAGAGGAAGCACACUUAGUGUCACAACGUUUAUUGAAUAUGGGGAUCAGAAGUGAGAUUGUCCGAUGUGAAUGGUCAGAUGGUAGGCCUAAACAAGGUCACUUACAAGAAGCAGCUCGCGAUAGGAGGUAUGAAAUCUUUGAGAAGGUGUGCUUUGAAAACCAAAUAGGUGUAUUACUACUAGCACAUCACGCAGACGAUCAGGCUGAAUCGUUUGUUCUUAGACUCUCUCGUGGUAGUGGCAUCCUAGGGCUAGCUGGCAUGGCGUUUGUCACUCAAUUGUUCUCCAGAUACCCAAAUGGUCAAACCGUUUUACUAGUCAGACCACUAUUGGAAUUCUCGAAAAAUGAUCUCUACAAGAUUUGUCGAGGAAAUAAUCAGGAUUGGGUGGAAGAUCCAACAAACGUAAGUCAACUUUUUGCUCGUAAUCGGAUUAGAAUGGAAUUGAAGAAAUUGGCAGUAGGCACUUUCAAUGCUGAAUUACAAUCUCUUAUCUCAUUGUGUAGAAGAACACGCAUGUAUGUCGACUAUACGUGUCGUAACUUGAUUAGUCUUUCCACAACUAUCAUGCCCCAUGGUUACGCAGUUAUUGACUUGGUACGUCUGAAUCCAUCGCUUGUUGAAGAUAUAUGUCUUUCGAAAUACAUUUCUUGUUUAUUACAGUUCAUUUCCCAGAAACGUGGACCUAUACGAGGAAGUGCAUUGAGAUCGCUAUUGGGGUAUUUCCGUACUUUUCCAUGCAAGACUUCUUUCACUGCAGCUUGUUGUUACCUUUGUCCAUCUCCUGGCUCUAAAGGCACGAAACUCCUCAUCUGUUCUUUCGAUUCAUCUUCACCGUUGAAUUUCUACGAGAUCAACGAUGAACACGUUCAUAUAAAGAACCCUAGCACGAUCGAUCAAAUCAUUUCCGAUUCCAACACUUACAAUAAUCCAACUCCAAUUUUUCCAUACGCCCUUUCCACCGAAUCUUUGUUAGCCCAAGGCAUUCUUAGCGAAUCAACCCGCAAGAACAUUCUAACGCUACAACAAGUUGAAACCGAUCAUUUCAGGAUGAAAACCGAAACGAAACAUAAUAAAGUUUUGACGAAAAAUGAUCAAACUGACUGCAUUAUGCUUCGGCAUGAAGGCACUGGAUAUUUCAUGAACAGAUUUCUUAUAAAGUGGAAACUGAGUGGGAAAACCACAGAAAGGCUGGUUAGGGUUCGACAAAUGGUUGAUUCCGAUUGGCUUUAUCUUGCGAAACUGUGCCAGAAUCGUCCCGAAGUGGACAAGUAUUUGCAGUCAUUGAAGGCUAUACCUGUUGCUGUAAGAAGAGGACUGCCUGUUCUAGUUAAUCCUGAAGGCCUGCUACUAAGUAUUCCAAGCAUUGGCUACAAUCAUUGCUCGUGUAUGAAGGUAUCGGCUGAUUUCAGGCCGAGAGUUCCUCUUGGAGGCGGUUAUAGCUCAUUUGUCUAGUUCAUAGAAUGUGUACAAUUUUGUAUCAUGUUUCAAAUUAUUAUGUUAAAUUCCAUAAAUAUUGGUUUGUUCUUAAUUGAUU